GACCCGAGCCAGGGGCAGGUAGGGGUCAGGGCCAACGUGACGGUGCAGAUCAGGUCCCUAGGGCGGCAACAGGUCAGCCGUGCCAUCCCACUCACCCUGGCGGCGGCCCCUGGGGAGGUGGUCAGGGAGAGGCGGCAGGAAGGCCAGAGUCCGUUUUCUAUCAUGAGCCGCUUGGAGGACGUGGUGCGGGAGUGGGCGGCUGGAGAGGACACGAGGACACCGAAGGACACACAGGCGAAGCGGGCCCUUUGGAAGAACAGGAAUAGGGCUCAAGAUCGUGUAAGGGUUGGCGAGACGGCUGGCGGGGAGGAGGGGCAGGGGAGAGUGGAGGUCGUGGCGGUGGAGGAGGUGGAGGGGAAGGAAGGGAAGGUUCUGGCGCGUCUGUGGAUCACCUCGCCUGGCAGGAAGAGUGAUUUCAGUUUGUUACUGCAGCGGCGGAAGGCUGAGCUAAGCGAGGCAGUAGGGGUAAGAAUCAUCAGCGUGGGCGUGGGCGUCUGCACUGAGGCCACGGAGACACCCACAGCGGCAGAGAACCCCCAGACGAGAGAGAGGGAGAGGGAGGCUAAGAAACUUCCCUCUCACCACGCUGGCCUCGUUACUUACAGUGUAGUAGAAGCCGGAGAGAGAGCUGUGGUGGGCCCUCGCGUGGCUCUCCUCAACAUCUGUGGCUGCGAUGUGGUGGAGGACAAGCAGGACAACACCAGCCAACACCGCCAGUACUCAGACAGCUACCACAACUACCACAAUCCCUACCAACAUUCAGGAGAACCGGACCCGCAGCAUUCCUUCUCGGCGCCGCCCGGAGUGAGGCACCCUGGCCCUGGUCUCCGCCACUACCACAAUCACCACCACUCCUUCCAUGCCGCUCACCACACCUGCGCCCAAGACACCUGCCUCAAUGGGGGACGAUGCCUGCCCACCCAAACCGGCUUCAGGUGCAUCUGUCCCCACGGCACUCAGGGGGCGCGUUGCAAGGUCCUGAGCCGCCAGUUCAAACCUCCUGAGGGCAAUCCUGAAGGAGACGAAGGAGGAGGGAAGACUGAUAAAGGAGGAGGUGAAGGAGGUGGCGUAGGAGGCGCUGUGUGGCUUCCCCCAGUACCUUCCUGCAGCAGAGUCCACUUCAGUCUCGAGAUUCUGGCGAGGACUCAAGAUGCCACCGUCCUGUAUUCCGGCCCCGAAGAGGACGAGGAGGACGAGGUGGUGAAGGACGAACUGGAGUCUCUGGAGGGGCUGGAAAGAGAUUUGCUGCUGCUGGAACUUCGAGGAGGCCGCCCAGUGCUGGAGGUGAACCUUGGGGGUGGCGCCGUGAGACUCGUGCCGCCCCUGUCUGUGGCUGACGGCAAGUGGCACCGCCUGGACAUCACCUGGAUGGACGAGGUUGUGGAGGUCAUGGUGGAUCUGUGUGUGGGCGGCUUGCUGGACCUCCCCACGCCCUCCUGCCCACACCCCCACCCACGCCUCACGCCCAUGAGUGAGUGCAGGCGGCGGGCGAGGCUUCCUGUGGGUGGCGGGCGGCUGAACACAGGCCACCCACUGCUGCUAGGGGGAGGGCCGCCCACAGACACGCCCACGGUCACUUCAAGCACAACCAUUCAUUUAGAGGCUGCGUGAGAAACCUACGAAUAAACGGUGAGCUGAUGGACCUCGCUGGGGGCGCCGUGCCCUCCACCACCGGCUGUCCCGACCCCUCCUGCGCCACUGCCGGUGUCCCCUGCGGCCCCCACGGCAGGUGCAGGGGAGCGGGGACCUGUCUGCAGUGUGAGUGCCAGGCGG